AUGGAAAAGCAUCAUUCUUGUGUUGCAUCCUAUUAUUAUGUUAGUCCAGCUCCACACAUAGCACCCCCCGAUGUACCCCCUCGAAAUCCAACGAUGAGUCGCAUGAAUGGUCGAGUUCAAGGUAUAGCUAAUGAUCUCGAUAUGGACUUUGAGCCAUCGUGUCUGGUGCGAACGCCUUCAGGAAAUGUUUACAUACCAAGCAGUAAUCUCAGUAAGUUUUAUCUUAUUACUAUACAACAAGUUUAA